CUUCAAUAAUAAAUUUUACUUAGAUUUUGAUCUUCCUGGUCAAUGUUCAACAGUCUCACUUGAUUAUGUAACUAAUUCUGCAAAGACGGGCCUAUUAAUAAGAAGCUUGUUUGUGAAGCACUUUGAAGUAGAUGUUCAUUCCGCAUAGAAUACUCCUCUUGUGCACCUUCCAAAUAAUUUAUUGGAGAAAAGAAAUAGCUGGCAUAAAUGAUGUGCUUAAAGCAGCUUUUAGAUAUUUAUAUAUGUUUCUGUGAAUGUGGCUGGAUUGUAAGCUUUUAGUGAUGUAAUUCUACAGUGGCCAUUGCUAAUCUUGCUACAGUUUAUGAACCCAAAAGAUCCACUGGACGGUUGCCUAGAUUUGAUGAAUCAUGCGAUGAUUGAACACAAUGGUGGACCAGAAUCUAAUAAUCCAUGCAACCAGUAAUUGUGAUCAGAAAAAGGACAAUAAUCCACAAUGUGAGCUCGUUUGCCAUUCUCUUGUAGCUCUUCUGAAGCAGAAGGGGUACAAAAGUAAAUUGUAUAUGCUUCCCUUUUUGCCAGGCUUUGGUUUGUGGUUGGACUGACAAAGGAGGGUGUAUUUAGUGCACAAUAAUGAACUUUGUGUUGGGAAAAUCACUCCUUUCCAGGACAGGAUAAUUAAAGUGGGAGUGUUGUGCAAUUUAUUUGUCUGCUGUCAUCAUAAGUUAAGAAUGACAGUUAACUUUUUUUGUUUUCUUCUGCAACAUGUUUGAAGUUAUUAGGCAGAUAUUGGAAAACAGUUAUUUUUAUGUACUAAGGUGUUGUUUAAGUGAAGGAACAUAAUGCUGAAAAUUGAAAAAUGCUAGCUGACAAUUCUGUUCAAAAAAAUUAGUUCAAGAAUGACACCAAAAUGGAAAGAUUUUCAUUUUACACUUGCAUUUAUGAAGAUCAUGUGGAGAAUUCUUUAGGGUUUAUUUUGCAAGUUUUUCUUCUUUAAUCUCAAAGUAAUUUACUUUUUAGAGUUGCAGAUUUCUAUGAACAUGGUGAAGGCAUUUUCAAUAAUGAUUAAUAACUAGAAAAGUGAGUUAUCUGUAAUUAAGUGCACCUUACAUGGAGAGAGUGCUCAGCAAUUUUCUUGACUUCAUGGAUUGUCUCAUUUUGGGAGAGGUAAAGGAGCAAAACUUCAUCAAAAAAGUGAGAGCAACACAUACAAAACUCUGGAGAAACUCGGGCAACAUCUAUGGAGAGGAAUAAAGUCGAUGUUUCAGGGCCGAGACCCUUUAUCAGGGCUCAGAAGUGAAUAAAACUGGUAAUGUCCCCCACAGCACAAGUGUGUGUGUACAUAUCUUAAAAGUAGGGCAAAUCCUUUCUGAUUAUGAAUUUUGCAAGCAACCACCCCAGCUAUUCAUGUCACUUUAAAAUAGUUUAAUACAUGCAUGCUGGUUACGUCAGGUAAAUUUAUUAUUUCUGGUAAUCCUGCUCGUUUAUUAUCUCAAAAAUUAACGAUACUUAUUACCUUGGCUCCCACUGUAAAGCAUUUACAGUGCCUUGUGUGUAUUUUUUUUUCUCCUGGCUCCUGCUUUUCUCUGUCAGGUCUCCUUUGGUGCACCAGCCAAGCCAUGGAUGCCGUUCGACUCACAACAGCCCAAUUCACACUGCUACAGGCUCGAGACUAACUCAGAACUUCUCUGUGUCUGUUCCUACACUCAUCUACACUGGGUUCCCUUCAGUGAAGAUCCCAACCCUGUUACUCAUUCAUCUGGACCCUCCACCCCACUGAAAAAUCAAACCUAUUCCUUUUCACCUUCCAAGUCCUACAGUCGACAGUCCUCUUCUUCUGACACAGAUUUGAGUUUGACACCUAAAACUGGAAUGGGAAGUGGUAGUGGUGGAAAAGAUGGAGGUCCUUUGAAAACACUGUAUCGACAACAGACCCAGUCUGCCUUUGAACAUAGGGAAUUCCCUUUUUUCACUCUAACAACUUUCCCACCUGGAUUUCUUGUUCAUGUCGGUGGUGUAGUCAGUGCAAGAUCCGUGAAGCUACUGGACAGAAUCCACAAUCCAGAUGAGCCUGAAACUCGAGAUGCUUGGUGGGCCGAAAUACGACAAGAAAUCAAGUCACAUGGCAAAGCUCUUGGAUGCCAUGCGGUCGUUGGAUACAGUGAAUCAACAAGCAUCUGUGAAGAAGUCUGUAUCUUGUCUGCUUCAGGCACUGCGGCUGUGCUGAAUCCAAAGAUGCUUCAAGACUGCAGCAUGGAAGGCUGUAGUGAACACAGAUUGGAUGAUGCAUCAUCUGUGGGCUGCAGUUUCUGUCAUAUACCUUAUGAUGAAUUAAAUAUGCCAUUCCCUGCACACCUCACAUAUUGUUAUGUUUGUCGGAAGCAGAAGGUCCCAGACGUUCUCUUCACAACAAUUGAACCUCCAUUGGAAGCAGCAAUAACUGGAAAAGGCUGCUUGAUUCAAGCUAGACUAUGUCGACAGAAGAAGAAAACUCAGGGUGAGGCCAAUGCCACUGCCAUAAGCAAUCUCCUGCCAUUUAUGGAGUAUGAACUUCAUACCCAGCUGAUGAACAAACUUAAAUUAAGAGGAAUGAAUGCACUCUUUGGGUUAAGGGUUCAGAUUGCAGUUGGUGAAAACAUGUUGAUGGGCCUUGCUUCUGCUACUGGUUUAUAUGUGACGGCACUGCCCUCUCCAGGAGGUAUACAAGUUGCAGGGAAGACACCAAGUGAUCUUUCUUAUGAUCAGCAUAUUUCAAACAUACAGAAAAAGAUAAAUGAUAUGAUCAUAAAGAACAGAGAAAUCCACGAGAUAAACCCUCCUGAGAUACUAGAAGAGCUGCUUGGAUCCCCGAUCCCAGAAACAAGGCAGCGUUCCAGACUCUUCAGGUCCCAUUCAGAAAGUUCAGAUGAUGUUUCCGAGCUGGAUCUUUCACAUGGGAAAAAGGAUGCCUUUGUGUUAGAGAUCGAUGAUGCAGAUGCUGUUGAAGAUAUUCAGUCAUUGUUGACUGAUGCUCCCACACCACCUGGUUUUUAUAGCUGUAAUACAGAGGUUAUGCCAGGUAUCAACAACUGGACAUCUGAUUUACAGAUGUUCACUUCUGUGCGAGUGUUCCGGCUGAACAAUGUUACCAGCCUUACAUCACAGGGACUUAAUAAAGCCUUUAGUGAUCUUUGUGAAAAUUUACUGAAGAGUCUGUAUUUUAAACUGCGGUCCAUGGUACCUUGCUGUUUGUGUCAUGUGAAUUUCAAUGUUGCAUUACCAGAGGAUGAAUUAAUCCAGGUUGCAGUUACAGCUGUUGCAAUAACAUACGAUAAGGACCAAGCUCAAUGCACCAAGGUUUGCAACGAUAAGACUCUCUUAAGAGCUUCUGCUGAGAAUGAAGAACUCCAGUUUACUUUGGAACUCUGUACGGAAUCACAGUCCAGUCAAUCAGCUGUACCCUCCUCUCCCAGUAACGCUGCGGGCAUUUCGGAAAGUGGCAAUUUGCAGGCUGUCUCUCCAGCAGUACAAAGGGCCACCUCAGUUGAUUACAGUUCCUUUGCAGACAGAUGCAGCAGCUGGAUAGAGUUCAUUAAGCAGAAAGCUCAGACCAUAAGACGUGGAUCAAUUAAAACAAUUGCUUCACUUGACAAAGCGAGUCCACUGGCUGAAGCCCACACACGUCAUCGCUCACCGAUCUCAUGCACAACCUCCACAGUCACUGUUGUGGAAAUGACCCCUCUCUCUUACAUUCCUGGUGCAAAAAUAACCAAAUAUCUUGGAAUCAUCAACAUGUUCUUCAUUCGUGAAACCACAUCACUGCGGGAGGAAGGAGGAGUUAGUGGGUUCCUUCAUGCUUUCAUUGCUGAAGUAUUUGCUAUGGUGAGGGCCCAUGUUGCUGCUCUUGGUGGAAAUGCGGUCGUGUCUUACAUCGUGAAACAGUGUGUGUUUAUGGAAAAUUCCAACAAAAAUCAGGCGCAGUGCCUUAUCAAUGUAAGUGGUGAUGCUGUGAACUUCGUUAAAGAUUCUGAUGCGGAAUAUGCGUCUUCUCAGGCACAAGGAUGUGGUUCACAGACAGGCAAUGGUAGCGGAGAUGUCACAUGAAACUGGUACAGACUAAUCACUGCUCUAGGUUCAUGCGCUUCAGGGGCUUGUAAUCUGCAUCUCAGUCAGAUUGACCAUUAUCCUGAAUAGAAUAUUUACAUAACCAUGGAAUUACCAAUUGCAUCUUCCAAAUGGUCUGAAUGAUUUCACAUCCAGUCGUUGAUAUAUGUUCUGCUAGGAAGGGCUGUAAUUUUCCUUGGCCCUUUAUGAUCUGAAGCUUUAACUGAGAGAUUAACAUGUUCUCUAAAAUUUUAAAGUUUAGAAGACAUUCCAUAGGAACUAGAAUAAAUUAAAGCAAUUCUUUUUAUGUUACGAACAUGUCUUCUUAAAUCCAUGAUUAAAGUCUGAAUGUCAAGACCAAACUGAAAAGUGCAUGAAAUUGAAAAUGGUACUAGAGUGUACUUUAAGCCAAUGUCUACCUGUAAAACUGGAUGUUCACUUACCACCAUUGUUAUUUGUAGUUUAAAAGGCAGCUCUCACUGGAAACUAGUGGAAAAAAGUGCCACAAACAAAAUGCUAAUAUCAACAUGAAGAGUUCUAUGUCAGUAUGGCUUUUAUCUCUGUACUUGUGUAAAAAGAGACAAGACAUGUCUCCAAAAGUUACAUGUUUUUCAUUUUGACGUAGAUUGUGUAACUGAGAAAAUGUAAGAUUUUAGAAUACGUAAACUCAUUUGUGAUUACAACAAAUGGGACUGUAUAAAUCUGCAAUAAAAUGUAUUUUUAUAAAUUCUCCAGUUAGAACUGCAAGAAAAAGUAUUUAAAAUAUUCCUAACUUGUAACCUGUAAAAUUUUAAAACCAGAGUACAUAGUGGGCAAUUGAAUUUUUUUAUUUUGAAUUUAAUCUGUAUUUGAAGACUUGAAUGUACAGGACUCUUCUGUUGUAUGGGUUUCAACAAUUCACUUGCUUUGCACACCUGAAAUGCAUGUAAAACAAAAUUCACCAUUAAAAAAAAACAUUUUGCAGAUUGUAAACUAAAACAAGGAAGAACAUGUAAGAAAUAGUACUCUUAGCUUCCCUGGGAAAUGGUUCAUGAAUAUUUAUGAAGUUUUCCAGUCAAUGCUGGUGACCAUAUGUUUUUAAAUCUUAUUUCAUUGAGUACAGUGCUGGUUGGUACAAUGUUUGCACUUUGUUAUAUAUAAGUGUAAGAUGUGUUUAACUUCUACUGCUCUACUGAAUAAUACUAAAUCUGAAUAGUUACUUCCUACAUUAUGUUUAACCAACAUCAUAUACCAAAAUAUAUUUGGCAUUUGGAUAAUUAUGCAAGCAAGUACUUGUGGGAUUCACCUUUUCAAAUAAAUUUCUGCAUCAUAA